CUUCGGCCUGUCUCCUCCCAGCAGCGCGCGCUUUGAGCGCCCGGCCUCAGCGCCGGCUCCCGCGCGCGGGUAGGAGUGGCGCUCAGUGGAGCGUCGUCCGCGGUUUGCGAUUCCCCCCGGGACUCUCAGGAGCACCGCCACUUCCUUCUUUUUGCCCACGCUCGGGACCUAGUAGUCCUCUGCUGGCCUGGCUUCCCGUUAGGGUCUUUGGCCGCGUGGCUGCCCCAGCGUGACUUACCUUCAGGGCGCGGUCGCGGGAGCCUCGCGCGGGAGCUCUGUGCCCAUGAAGAUCUCGCUGGUGACUCUCCAGCCCCGCCACCAUGAACGGGGCCCUGAUCCCCCAUACGCCCAUCGCUGUGGACUUUUGGAGCCUGCGCCGGGCCGGUUCCGCACGGCUCUUCUUUUUGUCCCACAUGCACUCGGACCACACCGUGGGUUUGUCUAGCACCUGGGCCCGGCCCCUCUACUGCUCCCCAAUCACUGCUUACCUCGUGCAUCGUCACCUGCAGGUACCUAAGGCGUGGAUCCGGGCCUUGGAGGUUGGUGAGAGCCAUGUCCUGCCUCUAGAUGAAAUUGGGCGGGAGACCAUGACUGUAACCCUCAUUGAUGCCAAUCACUGCCCUGGUUCUGUCAUGUUUCUCUUUGAAGGAUACUUUGGAACCAUCCUCUACACAGGUGACUUUCGGUAUACACCAUCCAUGUUAAAGGAGCCAGCCCUGAAACUGGGGAAACAGAUCCAUACCUUAUACCUAGACAACACCAAUUGUAACCCAGCCUGGAUUCUUCCUUCCCGACAAGAAGCUGCCCGCCAGAUUGUUGAGCUCAUUCGAAAGCACCCCCAGCAUAACAUAAAGAUUGGACUCUAUAGCCUGGGAAAAGAGUCACUGCUGGAGCAGCUGGCCUUGGAGUUUCAGACCUGGGUGGUAUUGAGUCCUCGGCGCCUGGAGUUGGUGCAGCUGCUGGGCCUGGCGGAUGUGUUCACAGUGGAGGAGAAGGCCGGCCGCAUCCAUGCGGUGGACCACAUGGAGGUCUGCCAUUCUGCCAUGCUGCACUGGAACCAGACCCACCCUACCAUUGCUAUCCUUCCCACGAGCCGGAAGAUCCGCUGCUCCCACCCCGACAUCCACGUCAUCCCUUACUCUGACCAUUCCUCUUACUCAGAGCUUCGGACCUUUGUUGCAGCGCUGAAGCCUGGCCGGGUGGUGCCCAUUGUCAGUCGGCAGCCCUGUAGGGACUACUUUCAGGAUAGCCUGAACCCCAGGCUCUCUGUGCCUCUGAUCCCAGACUCUGUGCAGCAAUAUAUGAAUUCCUCCUCAAAGAAACCAAGCUUUCUCUGGCCGUUGUUAGAAAGGAGGCUAAGGAGGCCACGAACCCAGGGCGUCGUGUUUAACUCCUCUCAGGAAACUGCUGAUCAAUCUCAAGCUGACAGGGACUCAAAGAGGGCAAAGAAUGAGAACCUUCCUGGGGACCUUGAGAAGCAGGCUUCCCACCAUCCUUUGCAGAUCAAGAAACAGUUGUUCCCGGACCUCUGCAGCAAAGAAUGGGAUGGGGCAGUCCCUAUCUCUGAGUCCCCGAAGAUGGUGACUGUACAGACUGCAAGUCUUUCAGUGCACUUAGAGUCGACAGAUGAGGACUUUCUUUCUCUAGAAACUGGGGAAGAAAGUGGUGUAGUGCCCCACUUGGUACCCAGGGGAAACCACGAUGGCUCAGCGGCCACAAGGAACCAGAACACCUGGCUGGGCCGGGAGUCUCUCCUGUCUCACAGCAGCAAGGCUGCUCCUCUCCUGGCUCCUGAGUUCAGGGGCCUAGCACUAAAAUACCUUCUGACUCCAGUGAACUUUUUCCAAGCACGGUUCUCUUCUAGGGACUUCGACCAGCAAGUGGAAAAAUACCAUAAGCUGUUGCUCAGGUGCAGAGAGGAGAAUGCAGAAUGAUACCUUUGGUUGGUUCAGCCUGCAGUUUUAAAGACUGACUGUUGGCUGGGGAGGAGGUUUGUGAUGGGCCUUACUUUCCUAUCUUCACAGGAUCCCUAUGGGCUCACCCUGGAGAAAUAUUUCUCAAAGCGUGUUCAUUGAAAUCCCAGUGCCUACAGACUCAUGAGUUUUAUGGUUGACUGUGUUUAAGAAACACUUCCCAUUACACCCCCUGCAUAGUAUACAUGAGCACACUAAAGGUUCUGAGAAGUCCUGCGGUAAUUUAAUCUGCUUUACUUUAACCCAGUAUUUCUCCACCUCUCUUGAACAUGCAGUCCUCUUAUGUGGGUGCAGAAAGAGAUGUGGUCUUAAUCCGAAAGGACCAGGUUAUUCCCAUUGUUUCUUGGUGGGCCAUGUGCCAUUCCCCAUGUCCCCUUCUCCCUCUUCCCAGAUCAAAGAACAUAAGUAGUUAUGUUGUUGUUGUUGUUUUAGUCAGGAACUGCACUGCUGGAGGAUAAAGUGGUGAUCCAGGCAGCACGUUCCAAUCCUGAAUGUCACUGACUUGCCGUGACCCCAUCAAAGAGGCUUCCUCUCUUUGCCUCUGGGAGCGAGCAGGAAGCAAUGAAGAACCCUGGAACAGGGGAGAGAAACUCCCCCCUGCUUCCAUGAGAGUUUACAAUUAGUGUCACAGGAGAUUUCUCUGGAACAGAGCCAGCUGGGGAGUUGGGCACCCCUUACCAAGGCCAUACCUGAAACCAGCUGAGCAUUAGACUUAGGGGUACAACGGCCUCCUGGCUGCCUGGAAGCCGUGACUCUUUGGCUGAAAUAAAGGUAUAAAAGAUCAAAAGUGCUGCCAGAUACUCCUGAUUGUUCAUGGCUGGGAUAUUUGCUACUCUCCCCCCCCCCACCCCCUUGGGUUGAGUAGGGAACCAGAGCACACAGCCUGUUUGUUUUAGUAUCCAGGGCAGAGACCCAGGAGCCAGCUGGUGGAAGGGGUGGGGGUGCGCAGCUCUGCCCUGUCCUUCUGCUCACGGCCUGACAACAUGCCCAACCAAUCAGCAGGACAGCAGAUAACACAGGCUCUGAGAGAGGGCACAGGCGAGUGGAGCUGGGUACAGGGGUAAAAAUGGCUUCGGAAUGGAGCCUCGCAAUAAAGAAGGUGGUUUCUACCUUCAGAAGAAGAUAGGAAGAAUUUAGAAAGUGAGGCCUUGCUCUUGGGCAAGCUGCGCUCAGUUCUGUUUUGUCAGUGACCUUCACUGUAAGCCUCCCAUGGGCCCACUCAGAGCCGCAGCAGGUGAGGCUUGUGGGGCAGCAGGAAACAUGGGCUCGUCCUGGGCUUGAGUCCAGGACACGCUGGGCAAAGAGCUCUCAUGUCUAGUUAGUGGCUCCUCCAUUCCUCACCUGUAAAAUAGACUGUGAGACCUACUUUUCCUGGUUGCUCUGGAAGUUAGAUAAUUGGUAAAAUUCUUAGCUCGGUGGCUACCCCAUGAUGGAUAUUUCAAAUAUUGGUUCUCUUAGCCU